AUGCCCAGCCAAGCCAGCCGAGCUCGCAGCAUCUCCGGCGACCUCGACGAGAGUUCUGACCUUGAGCACGAUGGCGAUGGUGGUUCCAACCCACCUGGAAAGCCUGGCAGGAAAAAAAAUCCAAACUCGCAGGCAGCACGACGCGACCAGAAUCGCAUAGCACAGCGCGAGUUUCGUCUCCGAAAGCAGCAGCGCAUACGCGAUUUAGAGGCCAGUGUGGAGAUGCUCUCGGGUGGCAAGGAUGAGGCGCUGGCGACAAUGCGGAAAAAGCAAAAUCAUGCAGACAUGAUGCAGGAGAACCAGGUUCUCCGUGACCUAUUACGCAGCCUGAGCUCGUUCAUCGGCGACGGCGCCGGUGGCUUGCUACCGAAGCUCGGGUGGGACUUGAACGACUUCAACAGUUUUCUCAACAAGUCCGAGACAGACACAGCUUGGGAAAGUUACCAGCGACACAAGCAGCAGAAAGCGGCUGACGCCGUCGCCUCUGGUUCACAGCCGGCUGCAGGACAAAAGCGACCGCAAGAAGACGAUUCUCUAGGUGGUCCAUCGAAGCGGACACGAGGGGCCAACGAGCAAAACGGCGAACGCGAACACGCCGAUUCCUUCUCUAACCCAAUGCUGGUGCCCCUGCAAGCUGCGGCCUCAGUACCCCAGAACGGCAUGUAUCAAGCCUCCACCAGGGCGCAUGACUCUGGCCUGCUGAACGAUUUCUUGCGAACCGGCGGUCCUGGCGCCUCCAUGGCCAUGCCUGCCUCGUCCCCGACCGCUGCAUCCGGGUCGUAUGGUGCUUCGCCUAGCCAGACUAUCGGAGGUUCUUUCCAGAGUUCUUUCAUGCAGUCGGGUAUGGGGGUACACAAUGAUGCGGGUAUACCUACUAUGCCGUUGGUAGGGGCGUCACCGGUGUCUGUACAGCAGCCGAGAGUUGGUCCUACGCCCCCGGCGGUGCCUGAAGAGGACGAUGUAGAUUCGAAGAAGACCGAUGCGUACAAACUUGUACACUAUCAUCUGGACAACUACAAACGCAACAGUGCAUAUUGCUUGCCUUCGUCGCUGCGACCAACUCUGGUACAAAGAACUGUCCCACAUGAGAGCGUGAUUGAUGCGAUCGUGCACCCUGAGCUUCGCGAUCGGAUGAUUCUCUUACGAGGCCGUUUUGACCUCGUGGACUGCCUCCACGACUAUCGCAACGAGGUGACCAUCCACGGAGACGACGUGCUCGCGCACACGAACUGGGAACUGUCUGAGACCUGGCUUCAUCGAUACAAAUUCCUGGUCGACCAGGCUACCCUGGCAAUUGCCAAUCGUUGGAGACGUGAGAGGGGCGAAGGCGAGCUACGUCUGGCUGACUUCCAAGACUCCCAUCCAGCGGUCUAG